CCUUGUGACAGAGGUAGUUGUAAACGAAAAUGAAAGUAGAUUUUGACAUUGUUGAAAAGAGCUGAGACGCCAUUACAGGGUGUGAGAUCUCUGCUGAAAAACACACGUUUGGACUAUUUGAAGCAAUCAAGGGAAGAGACAGUAACUUGGUGAGUCUUGCUAUUGAAAGAUAACUUCAAUAACAAAUGGCUGAGAAAGUUGCUCUUCUUGAAAGUUUCCUGAACUGCCAUGUGUGUUCAGAGACUUUCAGAGAUCCUGUGUCUCUGAGCUACAACCACAGAUUCUGUUCAAGCUGCCUGCACAAAUUCUGGGAACAAGCUAAAAACAAAAACUGUCCCAUCUGUAAAAGGAAAUCCUCAAAAGAUAAACUGAUAGUGGACUUUGCACUGAAGGAACUGGCUGACUCCUUUGCUGAGAGACAGAAAGCUGGAUCAUCUGAGACAGAAAAAGGAGAGAAGAAGGUGAAGGUGGUGUGUAGUAAACAUCAAGAAGAGCCUAAAUUGUUCUGUGAGGACGAGCAGAGAGCUGUGUGUCCUGUCUGUGAGUUUUCUCUCCACCAGAGUCACAAGGUGGUUCCUAUAGAACAAGCAGUCAGUGACCUGAAGGACCAGCUGAAAUCUGACUUAGAGUCCCUACAGGACAAGAGGGACAAAUUCAAACAAGUGGAGAAAACAUAUAAUGAAGUGAUUCAACACUCCAAGAAGCAGCUGUUGUCCACAGAGCAGCAGAUCAGAGCAGAGUUCAACAAGCUCCACCAGUUCCUGAAAGAGGAAGAGGAGUCCAGACUGGCAGCUCUGAGGGAGGAAGAGGAGCAGAAGGGGAAGACUAUCAGCAGGGAGAUGAAGAUGAUUCAGGAGCAGAUCUCCUCUCUGUCAGACAGCAUCUCUGCUGUUGAAGAAGACCUGCAGAAACACAACGUGCCAUUCCUCAGCAGUUAUAAAGCCACUCAGACCAGAGCCAGAGUCCAGUGCUCACUGUCAGAGCCACAGCUGGUCUCAGGAGCGCUGAUAGAUGUGGCCAAACACCUGGGCAACCUGUCCUUCAGAGUCUGGGAGAAGAUGAAGGACAAGGUCCACUUCAGCCCUGUCAUUCUGGACCCAAACACUGCAAACCCUUGGCUCCAUCUGUCUGAUGAUCUGACCAGUGUGAGAAAUGUAGACACCAAACAGCAGCUUCCUGCCAAUCCAGAGAGACACACAAUGUAUGCCACUGUUCUGGGCUCUGAGGGCUUCAGCUCAGGGAAACACAGCUGGGAGGUGGAGGUGGGAGACCAUCCUGUCUGGAAUGUGGGUUUGGUUAAAGAGUCAGUCGACAGGAAGGGAGAGAUAUGUGACUCACCAGAAUAUGGAAUCUGGUGUUUGUCACAUGACAGUGGAAAAUACACUAAUGGUCUUAGUGAGACUGUCACAGUGAAGAAGAGUCUCCAGAGGAUCAGAGUCCAGCUGGACUAUGACAGGGGGGAGGUGUCCUUCUACAACCCUGAAGACAUGACUCACAUCUACACUCACAGAGACACUUUCACUGAGAAACUCUUCCCUUAUUUCUAUGUUUUCAGGUCUGAUGCCAAAACCACUGAUAUCAAAAUCUGUCAGACCGAGAUUUCUCUGUGACGUUCAGACGUGUUAGUGUUAGCGAAGACUUUACUCUGACUUCACUGCCUGUCUAGAUCUCAUUGGAAUAAUCAACACAAACAACAGUUAAUCCAGAAAAAAGAAAUAUGUAUUCAAUCCUGAAACUGUAUUACAUCAUCAGGUGAAAUUUUCAUACAGGUACAAAUCAAUUAAAUUUUUUGGAGUAUAAUUUAUUGGCCUGGUUAGCAGCAUCUUGUUUUUAAUCAGACCACAAUAUAACAUAUACUGUAUCCUUUAUACCACCUCAACCUCAUACCAUCCUGAUGAAGGCUAAAUAGCCCCAAACUUGUGAGGAAUAAAACAUGGCACAUUGGAGAAGAGUUGUGCAACUUGUUUAUUUUUGAUGGAGUUGUAUUGAUUCUCAGUCUGGUCUGCACCUCACUGUGUGUGUUCUCAAAAUUAGAAAACAGUCCGAAAUCUAAUUUAAAAGAUGGUUAAACUUUACCCUCCAACAACUUCACUGCAUGAUUAUAAACUCUAAAAAACGCAGUUCUAACUUUAAAAAAUAGCAUUUACUCUAAUCUCAAGAACAAAAUUUAUUUAUUGUUUAAAAAAUUGUUUCACUACAUUAUCUUAUUUUGUAACCUACUUACAACCUACUUAAUGCAGUUUUCAGGGACAACAUGCUCACAUAUGAAUAUUGUCAUCAAUAUUAUUGAAUGUACAAUAUACACAGUAUGUGAUUGCAUGGACACGUUCACAUUUUGUUCACAGACUGGUCAUUUUGAACACUGAACAUUUUAUUUCCACCUUCUGUCAUUUAUUGAUAUGCAUAUUAUUGUUUUCUGCACAGGUUGAUCAAUAGUACCACCUCUUAGCAGUUUCUGAUAGAUUUCUCUUUUAUACAUAUCCUUCACAGAAAUCCCAUUCUGUGUGUCAGACAUACUGUAUGUCCAGAGUAUCUAAGAUGUUGUUGCUUCAUCAGGAACCAAUUUAUUCAUAUCAUCUCAAUAAAAUUAUUCAGAUUUUUUUCUUCUUUUGUUUUAAGAGACCAGGCUGGAAAAUUUGAGUCUAGUUUGUCUAAACUUUCAUGUAACUUGAGAAUUGUGAACAAAAAUAUUAAAUUCAGCCUUAUCUUGGCACUUAAAGCCACACUCAGUUUGUAUUCUGUCACCAUUAACAACUGUCAAGCCUUCAUUUGGUUGAAUAAUAAGAAUAAUGAUUCGUUUCAGACAGAUAUGUGAUGCCUGAUGGCUUCCAUAAUGCAUUUUAUAUGUUUUAUAGUCAUAUACAUGACAGUAUGUGUUUACAUAUAAAAAGCUCUUACUUUCCUGACAGGCUGUCCAGUAUGUUCAACAUCAGUCACUUCGCUGCCUUACUGCCUGUUACUUCUUUGUGAAUAAAACUUAAGAAAAAAUGUACUUUACAAUAUAGUUUAAAGUGCUUUCACACACACACACACACACACAUAUAUAUAUAUGGUGCUGGAAGGUAAAUCAACUUCAGUGUUGUUGCUUCUUCAAGCAUCAUUAUUAAAUGAUCUCUGAAAAGAAAAACAGAAAUUGGGUUUUAUAUUAUUGUGAUAUUAUAUAUCAUAUUACAUAUAGAUACAUUAAAGGUAUCUUCCAGAUGGUUACUACAAUUGAUUUGUGUGACCCUAUACAUAAAAUUCUACUAACUUUUUUGAAAAAACAAAUAAGCAGAAAUCACAAGGAAGUACAUGUACCAAAAGUCAGGCACAGGUAAAUAAAAAAACUAUCGCACAAAGUCCAAAGAUGAGCGAGAGCUGUAAUCAGCAAUCAACAAGACAAAUGUUUCUGAAAAUCUCUUUGCAUAUACAUGUAUGUAAAAAAAGUUGAAGUGAGCAAAUCAAACACGACUGCACACAGACAUAUACACACACAUCAUCAUAAUGUCAUAGAAAAGUGUCAUCUUAAAAGAGUUUCACAUCAAUUACUUUUUCAUCAUCAUUACUUCCAACAGUUUCUCUGUCUUCACUGUGACAAAGUAUUUUAGUAAAAAUCAGCUGUAACAUUUUCUAGGGAUAAAAAUCUUCACCUGAACCCUGAAGACAUGACUCACAUCUACACUCACAGAGACACUUUCACUGAGAAACUCUUCCCAAAUUUUUAUAUUGGAAAGGCUGGUGACGCUAAAACCACUGAUAGUGAAAUCUGUCAAACUGAGAUUUCUCUGGGAUGUUCAGGAAUGUAAGUUAAUUGUCCCAACUUUCACCUUUAACAUUGAUCAUUUGAGGUUUAUUACACUCUAAACUCAUUAUUGCACUUUACACCUAAACCAGCAUUCUGGAUCUUUUUGUCUUUUAUUUUUUCUUUUAUGUCUAAAGCAGAUUAGAUUUGGUGUUGAGGGUCACGGAAAGUUUUUUGCUCACUGUUACUGAAAUAAAUUAUCCAAAGUUAAUGGUCACUUUUUAAGGACAAUUAAGUCUAGAUCACAUUAAAAAAAUCUGGGUAAAUAAAGUUUAAACCAGAUUAAAAACACAUCUACAAACUACAAAACUCAUUUAUAUCAUCUGGUCCUAAACUUCAAUAGGACAGAAUAUUUAAAUGUGUUGCAGAUGAAGAAUCUUGCAUAUUUAUUUCUUGCAACAAAUAAGAAAGUAACUGAGGCAGUGACCAGCAGAAGUGGUACUAAAUGACCAUGCUCCGAAAUGCUCUCGGAGAGGAACGGAGCCAUAAGAUCUGUCUCCCUUCAAAGAGCCGUAGUUCCACCGGGGCACGUUCAAUCUGAAGACAACAAAUAAACGUUUUGCUACGUUUUCGGGCUGAACGCGCCCCUGAUAGGAUUGUGUAGGAGUGGGGAGUAUAUGCCAGGUUUGUUAGCUUUGUUGUUGUGUUUUUGAUGUAUUAACUAUAAAUGGGUUAACCGAUGUAAUGUAAAUAUUUAGCUAUUAUGUAUAUUUAUGUUUUGCUGUAUUUAGAUAUUGUAUGUAAAAUAGGGCACUCUAGAGCACCCCAGGGUGGGUAGCCUACUAUAAAAGGUUGACCUUUGUUCCAGCAUGGGUGGUAAUAGCCUACUGGUCAUGGUAGCUGUACAUAGUUGUAAAUAAAUACCCACAUUUGGGGUUUGCUGCAUCUCCUGCCUCUGCCUCAUCACUUAUAGUCGUGACCGCUCCCAAGGUGGAUACAAAAUGCAGAAACUGUAUCACAUUAUCAGGUGAACAACUUUACAAAUCAAAGCUGUUAAUUAUCCUGGUUAUCAGCAUCUAGUUUUAACAACAUUGUAUAGUAGUAUCAGUCAUCUUGGGUCUUUUGAUGAGUUUCUUCAGUUUUGGAUUUGUUGUUUUAUUCUUUGAAAAAUGCUUCUUCAUACUGUAUGUGACAUUUUUUGUAGUGUAUACAUGGUCAACAUGAAUGAUAAAUGACAAUCCAGUUUGUGAUCAAUACAAAGGAAACAAGCAGUACAUUUUAGUUUAAUAUGUUUUUGUUUUCUGAAUCAACUAUAUCUUUAUAAAAUGUACAUCAGAUGGAUGCUGCUUCACGUGAUGUGAAAUUAAAUCACUAAACAUCUUUAUUAAGAAUUUUGUGUCUGAGGCUGUUUCCAGUUUCUUUACAUACAUCUGUCAAAUAGUCAUGUGACUUUACAAAAGAUAAAAACAAAUUAUAAU